UCAGGGGAGGCCAGGAAGCCGCUGCGUUCCGGGGAUGGCUGAUGUGUAUUCUUGGAGACAGGGUCGACUUACUCGGCCAGCUCCAGGUUAAGGCCCGAGGCUCGGGCCUGACCCGGCCCGCCUGCACCUGAGCCCCACGACCAGAGAAAGCGAGGAAAGCAGCAGAUCGCCCUGUGCUGAGGCCCGCCGUCCCGGUGCGAGCAGAGCGCGGCCGCCGUGGUUGGGCGAAGGAGGUGCUUCCGAACCCGGAUUUGCGGCUUGGGGUCUGCAAAGUGACCACUCCGGCAGCUCCUCUCGCGCUGUCCCCAGCCUGGCCUCUUGUGAAAAGAAUUGGGCGUCCCCCUUUCUGGAGCUGUCCCUCGCAACCCUCAGAAAACGCGAAACCUCACGAGCAAGGCCUCGGCUUUCAGAACGCGGCCCAGGAGAGAGACGGUGGGUGAACGGGAGGGUCCCCGAGACCCGGGGAACAGUGACCUGGUUAUCAGAGAAUGUAUUUAUCGGGCAAAAAAACACCCUCCCUCCCUCCGCUCGGAUCCAAGUUGCCUGAGAACUGAAACGACAUCCCAGGAUGAAUUGGAGAGGGUUCAACUGAGUUACACAUCGGGAAGUGGGGUUGGAGUUUCUCCGAAGCCCCAGGCCCCUCGGACGUCUUCUUGGGCUCCCGCGUGGGCUGAGACAGUUGGGACGAUCGCCAGACUCAGCUAAAAGGGCAGAGACGCGAAGAGAAGCCCGUGGCGAGGGGCGGAUGGGGGCUGGGGGGAGGCCUAGACAGCCCGGCAGAGGCUCCAGUCCGCUUUUUGCCUCCGACUGCUGGCUCCUUCCCCACCCGCCGUCCCUCGCCCCGCCCCGCCCCGCCCCCCACCUUGGGGCAGGUGAGCGGCGGCCAAUGGGCGAGCGCGGGGCAGGUGCCGGCUAACUCGCGCCUCGCAGUACAGCGGCCGAAGCUGAGCUGGGCAGUGCUGGGAGGACCAGGGACGGGGGUCUGUCCUGGCUGGACUCGGGAGGGAGGGGGCCGGGCUCAGCCCCCAGGCCGUAGAGGCAGCUCGCAACAUCGCACGGAACGCGCGCCAGUGCCCGCGCCGGGAGCUGCCCGCUCGGCCCCAGAGGCCGGCGCGCCUAGGUGCGCGCCGUGGCCCGACUCAGCGUUCGCUCGCUCUCACGCCCCUCGCCUCUCCGCGCCUGGCUCGCCGGCAGGGUCUGAGCGAGGGCGGGCGGGCGGGGGAGGUGAGGGGUGCUGGUGUGUGUGCAUGUGCCUGGCUGGGUGCACACCCCGCACGGCGGCGGCGCCAGGACGCGGAGCGCUCCCCAGAGCCCGGCUGCCUCGCUCGGCUCUGGCGACCGCGACCAUGUUCCAGCCCACAGCCAAGCGCGGCUUUACCAUCGAGUCCUUGGUAGCCAAGGACGGCGGCACCGGCGGGGGCACUGGCGGCGGGGGCGCCGGAUCCCAUCCCCUGGCGGCGGCCGCCUCGGAGGAGCCACUCCGGCCCACGGCGCUCAAUUACCCUCACCCCGGCGCGGCCGAGGCGGCCUUCGUGAGCGGCUUCCCCGCUGCCGCCGCCGCCGCCGCCGCCGCGGGCGCCGGUCGCUCGCUUUAUGGUGGGCCCGAGCUCGUGUUCCCCGAGGCCAUGAACCACCCCGCGCUGACGGUGCACCCGGCGCACCAGCUGGGCGCCUCCCCGCUGCAGCCCCCGCACUCCUUCUUCGGCGCCCAGCACCGGGACCCUCUGCACUUCUACCCCUGGGUCCUGCGGAACCGCUUCUUCGGCCACCGCUUCCAGGCGAGCGACGUGCCCCAGGACGGGCUGCUUCUGCACGGCCCCUUCGCGCGCAAGCCCAAGCGGAUCCGCACGGCCUUUUCGCCCUCGCAGCUCCUGCGGCUGGAGCGCGCCUUCGAGAAGAACCACUACGUGGUGGGCGCCGAGCGGAAGCAGCUGGCCGGCAGCCUCAGCCUCUCGGAGACGCAGGUGAAGGUGUGGUUCCAGAACCGGAGGACAAAGUACAAGCGGCAGAAGCUGGAGGAAGAGGGGCCUGAGUCUGAGCAGAAGAAGAAGGGCUCCCACCACAUCAACCGGUGGCGUAUCGCCACGAAGCAGGCCAACGGGGAGGACAUCGACGUCACCUCCAAUGACUAGGGUGGGCAGCCUUGGAUCCACGAGAGCAGAGCACCUGCUCGCUGCUGGCCAGGGCCCCCGGGUGGGCCCAGCUGGACUCUGGCCGCUCUCCCGCCAGGCUUCGGGGAGGCCUCGAGCCACGGCCGCACAGGGCUUGGAGCCUGGGGCCACUGCUGACGGAGGGACAAGAAAUGGGCUGGCUGAGGCCUGGGACUCCUCCACCUUCUCCUCAGAGAGCCCGCCUGCCUGGGCAGGCCGCCGGCCACAGCAGCCUCCCAGCCACUCUCCACUUCUCUGAUCUCCUGUUUGUUUUGAUGCGUUUCUGUUUUAAUUUAUUUUCCAGGCACCCACUGUAGUUCUUAGUGAUUCCCUUGUAUCUCCCUUCCCUAUGGGAAUAAUAAAAGUCUCUCUCUUAAUGA